CGCCCCGGCUACCUCGAUCCGCCCCUUGAUGGAGAAGGGCAAGUCGGUGGUCGCGGAGCUCGUGGCGUCCUUCAGCGGUAUCCAGGUAGCGCCGCGCCGGAAGCCCACGAGUAUACCGCCGGGACCAGCGGCGUCCUUGUAUUCUCCCAUGAAGAAGGCGAGGCCUGGAAAAUUGGUCAAUUUGUGCAUUGGCGUCCUCGGUCAGCAUCUUGAAGAUAUUAUCACCGAUAUUUCUGAAUUCACUGCCUUCUUUCCACCCCACAUAAAGUUGGCAAUUCUUUCUAUUGCAAGGAGGAGAAGGUUACUGAAUGACGAAGUUCUGGUUUCUCUUGCUGAUAGCUCCUGGAAGGUCCUAGAUAUAUCUGGGUCUGAUGUUACUGAUGUUGGUUUGGCUACUGUGGCGCAGAUUUGUAGUAGCUUAUGGGCUAUUGAUAUUAGUCGAUGUGAAAAAAUAACUGCUGCUGCCGUUUCAGAGGUUAUAUGCCACUGUCCAUCCUUGGAGAUAUUAAGAUGCGGAGGCUGUCUAAGAAGCGAAUUCACAGCACGUCGGUGCGUCGAUCUUUUAAAACCCAAACUGAAUACUCUUGAAGAGGACUCAUGGGAGGAACUUGAAGCAGUAGAUAUUGGCGGCGGCGCAGAGUCUUUAAGAUGGCUAGUUUGGCCCAAGAUAGAUGAUUACUCGAAAGAAAUCCUCGCAGCAGAGUGUCCUCGUGUUACUGUCAACCCGCAGCGAUCACUUCUUGACCUGGGCGGAUCCAAGACCCCGAAUGAAGCAUUGGCGAGCGUGCCACUAGACCAUUCCGUAGUAGAAGAUAUUGAUCCGAAAACGUGGGCAGUGUCUGCCGCCCCCCAAAGAGCAGCUCCUCCACCUCAGCCAAAUGCUCUGCCUGAAAUACCGAUCGCGGAGAGGUUCAGGCUAGCCUAUGCGUCGAGGGAAGCGAGGCUGGCACCAAAGAGGGCCAGGAGGGAAAUGCAGCGUCGACGCCGCGCCGAGAGGGAUUACUGGAUGAAUGACAUUGACGCCAAAUCUGUCGCCCUUGCGAGUAAAUACCUGAGCAAGAGCUAGUGAUGCCGGUGGCUCCCGGCUUGCUAUGGAGAUAUGGAAUGUUGUAAGUGUAACAGUAAAACGGUUGCAUCCAGUUGGGAGCAAGGUGACUGCAUCGAUGUAUCCAACUAAAUGAAAACUAACACAGUUUUGUACGAGAUCUGUGGUAGCGGUGUUUGUAAUACUCGUGACAUGGUUUUGUAUCCAA